UAAACUAUUUAUAGCUUUCUCUCCUGAAGCUCGAAGAAGAAGAGCCGAUUUCUUUGAAUCCUUACACUAUGAAGAAGCUCAUCUUCCCUUUUAUCCUCUGCUUCUCUCUCUAUCUAUCCUCGUUUUUCCGCCUUACGAUUGCCAGAGGCGGCGAACCGAGCCCUAAUCGUUCAGGUUUCGUCGAAAAUAGUUCUGUGGGUUCAUUAAGGCAAUUGUUGGAAGAAGACCACUUUCGGAAACUUGAAAAGUUAGCUCGUGGUUACAUGUCUAAUUCUGAAGUCGAGAAGGCUAUCAAGGCAUUUGUUGAUAGAUGUAGUCACAUAUCCAGGAUUUACAGUAUUGGAAAGAGUGUUCUAGGAUUUCCACUGUGGGUGAUGGAAAUUUCUGACAAGCCUGGGGAGGAGGAGGCUGAACCUGCUUUUAAGUUCAUUGGAAAUGUGCAUGGGGAUGAACCUGUAGGUCGUGAGCUUUUGUUACUCCUAGCAAAUUGGCUAUGCAAUAAUUAUAUGAAGGAUCCAUUGGCAACCUUGAUUAUAGAUAAGGUUCACCUUCAUAUACUUCCAUCAAUGAAUCCUGAUGGGUUUUCAUUACGAAGGCGUGGUAAUGCGAACAACAUUGAUUUAAAUCGGGACUUUCCGGACCAGUUCUUUCCUAUGAAUGAUGAUCUGGGCACGAGACAACCUGAAACAAAAGCAAUUAUAAGUUGGUUAAGAGAGAUUCGAUUCACAGCAUCUGCCAGCCUGCAUGGGGGAGCACUUGUUGCCAAUUAUCCAUGGGAUGGAACUGAGAAUAAACAGAAAAAUUACUAUGCAUGUCCUGAUGAUGAAACAUUCAGAUUCAUGGCUAGUUUAUACAGCCGCUCUCACUAUAACAUGUCUCUGAGCAAGGAAUUUCGAGGAGGAAUUACCAAUGGAGCAUUUUGGUACCCAGUAUAUGGCGGCAUGCAAGAUUGGAACUACAUACAUGGUAGCUGUUUUGAAUUGACCUUGGAGAUCAGUGACAACAAAUGGCCUGCUGCUAAUGAGCUUCCUACUUUAUGGGAGUUCAACAAAAUGAGUAUGCUAAAUCUUGUUGCAAGUCUGGUGAAGGAAUACAUGGAAGGAUAUUUUCAUCAGAUUGUGGAGGGCCUUUGCCUGCCUCUAUUGCAAUCAAGGGAAUAAAUUACUCCAUUAAAGCUAGCCAAACAUUUGCUGAUUAUCAUCGCUUGCUAGCUCCCGGAGAGAGAUACGAAG